GCGAAACUAGAGCUCUCUCUGUGAGGCCUCGCUAAAGCGCGAAAGACGGUAAGCCAGCCACACUGCUGGCGAGGAAUGAGAUCCACUCAUCAUAUCUUUGAUCUGUUCAGGACGUGCCGCCUGGCGUGCCGCUCUCCUACCGCCCUUAGAGAGGGAAGGGCUCAGGGCUCCCUCCUUGCUUGACCGGCACCCAUGAGGCGGCUCACGCAUGCUCUGCUCUCUGGAGCUCUGCUCCUCCUGGCUCAGAUCUGCAGCCACGGGGUGGGGGUGGCUCAAUCAUCAGCGGCGGUCCCGCCGCUUUAUCGACGCUCAUCAUCAUCAUCUGUGGGGUCGUAUCAGAGGCCUUCAGCGACUGCAACCAAUGAGGCGUUCAUCUUCACUGCCGCGGGAGCGCCGCUGCCUUUCGCAGCACCAGUCGCUGCUCAGCGAGAGAGACGGCAUCGUAUGUCGUUGGCGGCAAGGAGCUCAACUGUUGCCGACAAUGUCAUUGCUGACAAGCCAACAAGCCUUCCCCGACCACUGUCCAUCGCCCCGCUCGCACUGCUGCCCAUCGCGCUGGCAUUCUUCGUGAACUACGCGGUGCCAUACGCAAGGAAUUUCGCGGCAAGGGCAACGUACCUGUACCAUGGGGUACCGAAGAAUCAUGUGUGGCUCGCCCUGCACAUCCCAUCGGCCGCUGUGCCGCUCUUGGCCGGUCCGGUCCAAAUCGCGCUCGGGCUCAGCCGUCGCGGCCGCUCGUGGCCCCAUCGCGUGCUCGGCUGGAUCAUUGCCGCUUCGACCCUCAUCAGUAUCCCCCCCGCAAUGGUGUGCGCCUUCUUGAGCGAGAACAUCCUACCCCACAAGCUCAGCUUGAUAGCGCUAGACAUCUACUGGACGGUGACCCUGGCUGCCGCCCUCUACUUCGUCAAGAACAAGAACAUUCAGCUGCACCGCGACUUCAUGAUUCGCUACUACGCCGCGACACUCACCUUUGUCACGAAUCGAAUGGGAACCCACCUCGGGGGCGGCCUGAUGAGCGGUGUUGCCGCGAUCUGGAUUACCUUCCUGGGUGUGGAGCUCCUCAUCCCUCGCUUGCGCUCGGCUGCAUGGUGAAGAAGUUGCUGCAUGCAAUCAGCGGCAGCGAUCGAUCCAUGUUCGCGUGCAGGUGGGUGGGUGUAUCAGUUUGCCUUUUUUCAGUGGGAAGGCGUGUAGUUCCAUGCCUCUUGUCCGAGGGAAGGACAGAAGAUGAGACAUUGUGCUCGUGCGGACUCCUCGUCUUUUUCCUGGAGUGUCGUGGCUGCUUUUUUGGAAGGUCGUAGGUGGAUAUGAUAUAUGAUUGUAUGUAUGUUUGUAUGCCGGGUGCCGAGGGUGAGUGCAAGUUUAUCUAGUGUGAGGGCAUGGUGUGUGUGUAUGACCCCGUGUGUCUUUGAGGGGUUGAGAGUGCGAAGAUUUCAACCGCUCGUGUGUGUGAAGAGUGUAUGCGAGCGCGAAGUUUCGACCUUGCUGAGUGUGUCUUCUUUUGUGUUAGUGGUGUUUUUUGAUGCGGCGUAUGUCAGUCAACGUCAUGGUGAGUGAAGGACACAUAAGUGUGUGUGGG